AUGUAUUUUGAACUGACAGUCGUUUUAGCUUAUUUAUUGACAUGUCAUUGUUUUGUUAAAAAAGAUGACUAUCAGGACCACUGUGAUCUAAAGCAGUGGCUUCAGUCCUCCACAGUAUCCGUGGAGCUCAACAAGAUGGGUUUUCACAGGGAGGUGACUACCACUGUUGAGCUCAGCCCAGAUGUGCUCAGUGAUGUUCGCAUGUUGCUGGUUUACAAAUGGCCCAGUGGCGUUUACCUAGAUCCAUAUCAGCUGGCAUCACUGACGGCUCAAAGCAACUGGCAUGUAUUGAUAGAUUCAGCCAUUGAUCUAGAAGCUCCCGCUCACAAGACUUCAGGAUUUCUUACGUAUGUGUAUCCCACCAAUACCGGACCAACAUCUACAAAAGUAACAAUUCCAGUACAUGGACGCUAUCAUGAACCGUCCUUUGUUGGGGAAACAUUUACAUCUGUUCACAUGGAACCUCCAGAGCUGCUACUGCGGACUGAAACAUGCACACAUCGCAACAUACUGGAGCCUUUUACUGUAGUCGAUGCCCCAUGCACCGUCAGCAAUUCCAGCAUGUGCUCAUGGAUUAAAACACAUCAUCAGCAGGAGCGCAGCAUCAUCAGUUUCCAAUUUCCUGUCGGUGAUGGGUCUACGGUGACUCGUGUAUGUGCGGGGACUCUUCUCGUCACCAUGAUCUGCUGUGUGGCACUGUCCCAAUACUUGCUGAAACAUCGAAUCUGUUAAAGCAGCAACAGUCUUGUUCAGCCAGUUUAUUGUUUUCCAGUUCAUGGACAGAUACGUGGACUAAUUCAUGAGAGGAAAAACGCUCGCGCAGAAUUCACUCUCAGACGUCACUGUGAUUUUAUUUUGUAAAUAUUCAAGGUUCUUUAUUGUCAUUCGCAUCACAUG